UGAUUUAGUCGUUAACGCGCGGCCAACACGAUCACAUCGCAGAUCCGACCAACUAUACAAGUUAUAUAGCAUAUAUGUAUAUAUAGUGCGCGGCGGUGCGGAUUCUGUUUACCGUUGAUCAGCGUUGAUUUAGAUUUAUGUUUUGGUUUUUCGCCGUCUCUGUCAACGAGUGUUUUCGGUUAAUUGCCAGCUGUUAAAAGGUUUUUUCAAGCAUCAAUUUUCUAGUUACCGAUUUUACUUGGAUAUUACCAAAAAAAAUAUAGAAAAUUGCAUUCAUUCCUGAUUAUAAAUAAUAAAAGUGUUUUAUAGGCAACGUCAUGACUAAGAAUGGGCAUAGCAAUGCGGCUUACGUCGGCGACCAUGCAGACAAAUUGGAACUGGCCGAGAAGGGUCAGAAGAACAAGGCCAUAGUGGCCAAGGAUCCCGACUACAAUCCCUACCAUCAUCGUGAUGUGGAGCACCCCACAACGAACUCGGAGACUCUUUUUCAUUUGUUAAAAGGUUCCUUGGGAACUGGUAUACUGGCCAUGCCAAAUGCCUUCCGUAACUCUGGGUACAUCACGGGAUCCAUUGGAACCAUUGUCAUUGGCUUUAUUUGCACCUUUUGCAUCCAUCAGCUGGUCAAGGCGCAAUAUGAACUGUGUCGCAGAAAGAAGAUGCCCAGCAUGAACUAUCCAAUGGUGGCGGAAACAGCAAUGGGCGAAGGACCCAAGUUCUUCCGUUUCUUUGCUCCAUAUAUUGGCACAGUGGUCAAUACUUUUCUGCUGAUCUAUCAACUGGGCACCUGCUGCGUGUACGUGGUUUUCGUGGCCUCCAACAUCAAGUCCAUUGUAGAUGCAGUGGCUGAUACAAAUAUCGAUGUGCGACUCUGCAUGAUCAUUAUCCUCCUGCCACUGAUCCUGAUCAACUGGGUCCGCAAUCUGAAGUAUCUGGCUCCCUUUUCCACACUGGCCAACGCCAUAACAAUGGUCUCUUUUGGUAUUAUCUGCUACUAUAUCUUCCGGGAGCCACUCACCACAGAAGGCAAGGAUGCCUUUGGAAAACCCUCGAAUUUCCCGCUCUUCUUUGGCACAGUUUUGUUCGCCUUGGAGGCCAUUGGUGUGAUUCUGCCCUUGGAGAAUGAGAUGAAGACCCCGCAGAAGUUCGGUGGCAGCUGCGGAGUCCUCAACGUAUCCAUGGUCCUCAUUGUGUUCCUCUAUGUGGGCAUGGGUCUCUUUGGUUAUCUCAACUAUGGAUCCGCGGUGCUGGGUUCCAUUACUCUAAACAUGCCAGAGCAUGAAGUUCUCUCCAUGUGCGUCAAGGGAAUGCUGGCGUUCGCCAUCUAUAUUACCCAUGGACUCGCUUGCUAUGUGGCAAUUGAUAUUACCUGGAACGACUAUGUGGCCAAGAGUCUGGGCUCCCAGCGAAAUGCUUUGUUCUGGGAAUAUGCAGUCCGAACGGUCCUCGUCCUGAUCACCUUCCUCCUUGCCGUGGCCAUUCCCAAUCUGGAGCUGUUCAUCUCUCUGUUUGGAGCUCUAUGCUUGUCUGCCCUAGGUCUAGCUUUCCCGGCUCUCAUCCAGAUCUGUACGCAUUGGUACCAGACCAAGGGAAUCGGAAAGGCAUGGCUAGUGUUAAGCAACUUUGUGCUCAUCAUUGUGGGCAUCCUAGGCCUAGUAAUCGGCACGUAUACCUCGCUCAAGGAGAUCGUUUUGACCUUCUCCGAGUAGUCAUAAUAUUUGUAAAUCUAACUACGCCAGCGGGCAUUCCAAUUCAAGCGAAAGUAUUAUGAGCAAUCGAAAGAUAUUGAAAUCUGUAGACAUUCGCAGCGCAGCACAAAUGACAAGAUACAGAUGCAGAUGCAACUAAGGAUAUUGUUACAGUUGAGCUGAGAUCUGCUGUACAUGUGUAAACUUCUACUCUGAGCUAUUUGUUAUGUGUAUUUGUAUAGAAUUUAUCAGAUUUGUGAUAUUUUUAAGCAUCAUGCCCAAGAAUCUGUAGAACAAGUGUGUGUAUAUCAUAUAUCUCUUUAUGUAGUAAAUAACGUUUUGAUAAGUAGUUUAGUGCCAAGUCACAUCUUUAUAAGUCAUAUUUAAAGUACGAUAGCAGUUAACCACAAUAAUAAACAUAUUUUGCCAUAUUAA